UAGGCCGGCGUAUUGUAUCCGUGGCUCAAAUUAGACUCCUCUCUCCUCCCAGAUCACACAGACCAACUCCAACAGUCCUCUCAUAUGAUUAACGGUAAUGAGAAAAGAAACGGAACGAAACUCAGUUCACCACAAUUUUCUGACUACUAAAUUACCUGAUCCCAGUGAGAAUCCAAGCAGACCAUUUUCUCAAGGUUUCUAGUUAGAACAGAAGAUUAAUAAGAAUGGACGAUGAAUAUGUGGCUCAGCAUGAUCCAGAGUUGCGUGAAAUUUACACACCCGAAGGUGUAACUUUUGAUUCAAAGGAUGUGGGAGAAAUAGGAAGUGCCAUGGAAGUUUUGACUGGUGUAGACUUGGACUUGGCAUAUUCUUCUGAGAAGUUAGUAAAUUUGGACAAACUAUUGAUGCACGUGAUGGCUAGUGAAAAUGACCUUGAAGCAAUGGCCUUGGAUAACAACAACAGCUCUAUAAUCCUAAUAGAGAAAGCAUUUGUAUUUGAUUUUUUAUCUGGUUUUUUAGAUUCCGAGGUAAGAGAGCUAGAUAAUUUCAUGGCCGCUCUCCAAGCAGUGAUUGUUGAUGCUCGUCAAAAGUUAUCUGUGUUUGGACACUUGACAGAAUUGUUUUUUGUAAUGGAAGACAAAUUGCACGAUUCUGAAGAAUUGUUGAAGCAGUCACGAGAGCAGGUUUUGGAGAUCAGUAUGCAGUCAGCCAAGUUGCAGAGGACACUGUCAGCUUUCAAACAUAAUGAUUGGAAAUAUGACAGAGGUACAGGUUUAUCCGAAAAUGGUGAAGUUGUUGCAAGCAUGAAUGAGAAACCAAAAAUGCAGAUGGUUGAACAAAAAAGGCAUAUUUUAAGAAUGCUUGAGAAAUCUCUUGGAAGAGAGCUUGUCCUUGAGAAGAAGUUGUCGGAAUUCAAACAAAAUGAAGAAGAUUUGAAAUUAAAGCUACGUCUAACAGAACAAGUAUCUUUUUGUAUGGAAGAAGCGGCAGAGGUUGUUUGGGGAAGGUUUCUAGAGGCAGAAAAUGCUUCAGAGGUGCUGAUGGGCAUAUCAAAGGAACUGGUUGGUCAGCUUCAAAUUCUUCAGUUCAGUCUAAAUGGUUUAAUGCAACGUGAAGAUGAGGCAAAAUGGAAACUCCUAGAUUGCAUGGAACAGUUGAAAAGAGGAGAAACUGCUUUAAAAACGUUUGAGACCAGAAAUGCAGAGCUUAUUACUGAUAAUUCUCAAGUAUGUGCUUUAAGGGAAAAAGUAAAAUCACUUGAAGACCAGCUGAAAGAGUCUAACUCCCAGCUGAAGAAUGCAAAUGAUGCCAAUGAAGUAAAGGAAGAACAACUUAGAGAGAUGGAGAAUAUAAUUGAUACUCAGAAAGAAAAUGUUUAUAUAGCAGAAAGUAGGGUGGAAAGUGGAGAGGCCAAGAUAACACAGUUAACGGAGGCAAACAUGGAACUUAAUGAAGAGCUGAGUUUUCUCAAAAAUACUAAUGACAGUAACACGAAGAAAAUGAGCUUAGUUGAGAAGCAAUCGAGGGAAUUAGAAAUUCAACUACAGCAUGCACGAGCAUCCUCUGAAGCAAGUCAAGAGCAGCAGAAUAUGUUAUAUUCUGCAAUUUGGGAUAUGGAAACUUUAAUUGAGGAGCUGAAAUCAAAGGUUUCAAAAGCCGAAAUUAAAACUGAAAAUGCAGAGGAGCAAUGUAUCAUAUUAUCCAAAACUAACUUAGAACUGAACAAAGAAAUAACUUUCCUGAGAACUAAAAUAGAAAGCUUGGAGACAUGUUUGGAUGAAGCUAAUGAUGCAAAAGCAGCAAGUGCAAAAGACGUUAAUGUUAAGACGAAACUUAUUAUGGAUAUGGUAAUGCAACUAGCCAUGGAAAGGGAGCGCAUCCAUAAGCAGUUAUCUUCUUUAGCAGAAGCAAAUAAAAUUUUGGCAGCAAAGUUGCAGAAACAAGAAAGGAUUACAUCUGCAAGCAUGCAUGAACAUGGAGGUACUCAUGACAAAGUGUUCAUUUCUUCCACGCAUGGACCGACUAAUGCUACUUGCGGAGAAGCUUCUGAGGCUGCAGUGGGAGAAUCAUCUAAUUGUAGAAUUUUCGAGGAGGAUGAAUCAUCAAAAGAAGCACCUGUAUGUGAGAUUGAUGAAGUGGGGUCUUCUGUUUCUACAAACAGCGCCACUAAUGUGGUUCAAAAGCUUGAUCUUGAGAGAGAGGUCGAGGCAAUGGAGCCUAAUGGCCCUAACCAAAUGUAUGUUUCUAUGGCAAUCAUUGUUUUAUUGCUUUCAUUGCUAGCAUCAUAUUUGUUUCACAAGAAUUCCAUUCUUUUCAAUGUUGAAACUUAGCAAUUCUCAUUGCUUUACUUUCUCAUUACAGUGUACAUGUAUAUUGUUUGAACAUUUUCAGAUUGGUUGGUGCGGUCUUGAUAAGUUUCUUAUCUUGCCCACAAUUUGCAUUGUAUUGUAAAACCCCAAAAAACAGAAGGAAAAAAGAAAAGAAAAAAAGAAGUGUAGUGUGAAUGGUUGUAAAUUUCAUUUGUUUACAUGUAGAUGAUGAUCAAGAAAUGUGUUUAUAAUAUCUGGAGUUGCAUAUGAA